GUGCUCGUCUUGAGCAUGCGAAAUACACCGGACAACCGAACGAAUCUGCCUCGAAGAGGAUGGGAGUGGCAUUCACCGUUCCACCGGCACGGUAUCUGCGGUAUAAAAGCAACCUCUGUCGCCGCGCGCUCAGUUUCAUUCCGGAGCGGCCGAUCGUGAAAUACGAUACUUUCGACAUGCGGCUUCACGCGAUAGCACUGGGCGCGUUGCUCCUGGCGGGCAUUGCUUCGGCGUAUCCGCAGAAGGACGGACAGAUCUUCAGCAACGAGGCGAUACGGCAGGCUCAGAACACCUAUCUGAUCCCGAAGGACGCGACUAUACAGAAGGUUCAAGAGGGCAUCGAGCUCGCCGCUUACGAAUCGAUCCCCGGCGACCAAAGGAUCAAUCUCUUCGAGAUCCUGGGCGAGCACGUGCCACCCGAGGUGGUGAACAACCUUCAGGGCCAGAUCGAUCAGAUCGGCCGAAACUGAGCGGCCGUCCGUUUCCGUACAAUCGUCGUCGUCGCCGUCGUCGUCAUCGUCAUCGUCAUGUAAAAACAAUCAUAUCCCGGGCGCCCUGCGACGCCCAUC